UGUUGAGCCGAGACUGUUUGGGAAUCAAACGAUUAUUUCAGUUACGGACGAAUCGCCGACCGAAGAUGUUAUGAUACGCGCGGGAUUUUGUUUAAAACCGUAAUGCCUUCUAAAACAUCGCACAGUGACAGAAGCAAAAAGGGAUUUCACGAAGGCAGCGCGCGGUGGCGGGACGAGAUAAGCGAGGUGACAGAAGAUGACUCGGACGAGGUGGAGGCUGGGUACAUCUCUAGCGACGAGUCGGCGCACGCACCCGACCUGGGGGACCGGCUGAGAGUCAAGUCUAGGGACAUCUGGGAGCUAGAAGAAAUACAACACUCGCUCCACCAGCUACCCUACGCUGACGAGAUAUCCGUGUUAGUGGAGACGUCGCACUACGAGGACGCCAUAAGCUUCGUGUCCCAAGAGGACGACGAGGCGAUGCGCACAGCCGUGCUGUGGGCGUGCUGGAUGGGCAAGUGCUCCUUCCUGUUCAAGUUGCUGAGGAUUGGAGCUGAUCCGAACAGCGCUGAUAAUGGUGGAAGGUCAUGUCUACACUUGAGCUGUUUAGUGGCCAAGGAGGAGUGUGUCAAGCUGUUGUUGGACCACGGCGCAGACCCUAAUAUGUGGGACGCGAAGACUGACAGAAAAGCGACCCCUUUGCAUUGCGCUGCGAGUGCCAAAUCGUUGUCUUGUGUUAAGUUACUGAUAAGCCACGGAGCGGACGUCAACGCUGGCUUGAACGAGCACUCUCCGCUACACUACGCGGUGCUGAGCGACGCUCCAGAAGUCGUCGAAGCAUUGCUGGACGCUGGCGCUUGUCCCGACACUCCGCAGGUAUUCACAGAAACCCCUCUGCACGUGGCAGCAUCGCUGGGCUCUGCAACCUGCAUGAAGCUACUGCUGGACGCGGGUGCAGAUGUGCGAGCAGCUUUAGGUCCAGGUCGGGCCACCGCUCUACAUUUGGCUGCAGUGGACGGCCACGCGGAGUGCGCUGGCCUUCUAUUAGAGCAUGGAGCACAUAUUGACUGGCCAAAUUCUAGAGGACAAACUAGUCUUCAUUUAGCGGCAUUAGCACAAUCAGUGGAAGUAGUGGAACUGUUGGUGGCUAAGAGAGCAGAUGUUCGCGCAAGGGACAUAGACGGGAGGACGCCAUUACACGGAGCGAUAGUGAGGGGCGCGCGAGCGUGCGACGUCGCCAGGUUGCUGCUGUCAGUGGGCGCUGACCCUAACGCGCCAGACAACUUCGGCUAUACUCCGCUACAUAUCGCCGCUUUGAAUGAGUUCUCUGCGUGCGUUUUAUUGCUCUUAGAUUACGGCGGCGACGUAACGCUAAGGACUAACGGCGGAGUGUCGGCUCUAUCGUUCAUAGUGCGACGAGUCCCCGACGUGAUCCCUCGAUACAUCUGCAAGUUUGAUGAUGCCGUGCAUGUCAGUGAACACGAGAUAGGCGAUGUUGACUGCGAGCUCACGAUUGACUUCAGACCGCUUGUUCCUUGCCUUUCGAGAGGAGAGGCUGAGUUACUACUGGCUUUUGUGGAGGUCGGUCGAAAGGAUCUUUUGAAGCAUCCAGUAGCGGAGACAUUCCUAUUCCUAAAAUGGCGGAGGAUAAGAAAAUUCUUCGUCAUGAGUUUCGUGUACCACGCUAUAUUCAUCACGCUGUACAGCCUUUAUAUUUUACAAAUAUUCCUAUGUGAGGACAGGACGUGCGACGUGCCAAGCUACCUACGUCCAGUACAGUACGUAAUAGUGCUGCUGAACCUAUGCUUUAUGACCAAAGAAAUAUUCCAAGCAUGUCUAGAUUUUUCCGCCUACAUCCGACAGUGGGAGAACUGGUUGCAGUUGCUCAUAGUUACUGGAGUAUUCUUGUGUACGAUUCCAACAUGGUACCGAGACAACGGCGUGACAAAUUCCAACACAUCAAACUGGCAACACGAUGUAGCCGCUAUAACUAUUUUCUUUUGUUGGUUCGAGUUGAUGAUGAUCAUAGGAAGAUUUCCUACCUUCGGACUGUACGUGCAAAUGUUCACGACAGUAACAGUGAACUUCGCAACAUUUCUCCUCGCCUACAGCUGUCUACUCAUAGCAUUUGGCCUCGCAUUCAGCGUGUUAUUCAGCAACUACCCCGCAUUCCACCUGCCCGCUGGACUGGUCAAGACUGUCAUGAUGAUGUCAGGGGAACUGGAGUACGAGGACAUAUUCUACAAUAACUGCACCAACUCGCAGAUAUACUACCCCCUGACAGCGCAUGCUAUGUUCUUGAUAUUUGUAUUGCUCGUGACUGUUAUACUGACGAAUUUGUUGGUCGGCUUGGCUGUGAGCGAUAUACAGGCACUACAAGAAAGCGCCGGCCUGGACCGGCUGGUGCGGCAGACGCAGCUGGUGGCGCACCUGGAGAGCAUGCUGUUCAGCUCGUUGCUGUCGUGCGCGCCCCAGCAGCUGAUGGCCGUGCUGCGCUGGGGCGCGCUGCUGACCGCGUCGCACAUGCGCACGCUCAACAUACGGCCCAACGACCCCAGGGAGAGUAGGAUACCAAGAGAACUGAUAGCGUCCAUCUACAAAAUGGUGGUCAGCCGAAAGGCGACAAAGAAGAGCAUACGAAAGAACAACAAUUACGAAUGCAGAAUUAAAAAGUGUAAAGGCGAGGAAGAUAUUGAGAGACAAAUUGUAAAACGGAAGAGCUAUCUCUACGAUAGGUUUUCAAACGAGAGUCAAAACGUUGAGAGACGAAAGAGGACUACUUCAGCAAAUGUUGAGGCUAGAGCCCAGAGACCAAUGUCUUUCAAUAUUAACGCAAUACAAGAGAUAUGUAUGGUUGAUAUAAAGACUCAACUUACAGAUUUGACAAAAAAACUAAAUAAGUUUGUCGAAGCCACAGAUGCAAAAUUGAGUUGUAUUGAGAAAAAAUUGGAUGACAGGCAGCCACCUUGACAAAAUUCACAAUAAAUUAGCAUUAAAUUGAGAUUUAGUUAAGGGUUUUUGAAUGUAUUUAUAUUUGAAUAAAUUUAUUAAGAGAA